AUGGAGUCUGUUACUGGAACAACGUUCUCUAACUUAACUCUUGAUAGUGAAUUCCCUGUUGAACCAGAUAGCCAUGUUUCUGAUACAAACAACUGGCUCCUUGCUGUGGCUAUCUUCGUCGCUUUGGCCUUGUUUUGCUUGUUAGCCUUCGCCUUCCGAUCACUUCUGCGGAUACGGUCAUCCCGUGUCAGAAAUCAGGACGAUAUGGAACGAGCUAAAUCACACGCUAAUUCAACUUGGCCCUCACCUGCCAGUAACCCUUCGGCUCCGCUACUCAAGCCGCCUUAUGGUUACCCAGUUGGCCGCAAUGCAACAAUCUGCUCGAUGGGAGUGCUAAUGGUGCAAGUCAUGGUGGAUCAGCUGGCUCGGAAAUCUGAUGGAACGUUGAACUGGUGCCAGCUGAUAGCUAUGGCUCAUGACGACAUUCGCACGUUCCCCGUGUCUCAUUUGCAUCUCAUUUCAAUCUCUAACCUCUCCUCUGUGUUUGUCGUUGUCCAUAAAUUUGUAUAA